AUGCAGCGCCAAAACCAAAAUCAGAAGAUGAGUAAGUAUAAAAAAGAAGAGCAGCUUUCUGCAAACAUCGACUGGGUUAUGGUUUUGCUAUAUCUUGUGCUGAUUCUCUUUGGCUGGGUGACAAUUUAUUCUGCAGUUUAUCAGGAAGAAAACCAAAACAUAUUCAGUUCAUUAACCAAUAGUGGCAAGCAAUUCCAAUGGAUGAUUGUAAGUUGUGUUAUUGGCUUUAUUUUGCUCAUCGUAGACAGUAAGUUCUUUUCUACCUUUGCAUACGUAAUCUAUACCAUUAUGUGUAUUGCCCUUGUAGGAGUUAUCUUUCUAGGGGUUGAAGUGAAAGGACAACGAAACUGGAUUCGAUUUGGAGGAUUUCAAAUACAGCCUUCGGAAUUGGCUAAAGUUGCAGCCUGCUUAGCUGUUGCAAAAUAUUUGGGGACAUUAAAUGUUGAUAUCCGAAAAUGGAAAGACAAGUGGAGAACCUUUGCUCUAGCGGGUUUGCCAAUGCUUAUCAUCUUAGUUCAAGGUGAUGCCGGUUCUGCAAUUGUAUUUGCAGCCCUAGUUCUUGCCUUUUUCAGAGAGGGCUUAGAGCCGUAUUUCUUGAUUGUAGGUACAUCUGUUGCUGUGAUUUCAGUUUUAGCCCUAUUGAUCCCAAACUAUAUAUUUAUAGGAGAGGAAUUUGGGUUUGUAGGUUGUACUAUUUUGAUAGGCGUGUUUCUUGCAUUAUUCUAUCGCAUUCUUUUUUUAGCUGAACGGCAACGCUCUAAAUUUAGCCGUGUUUAUGGUUAUUGUGUUGCAUCUAUCCUCUUUUUCCAUUUCCUGAUAAAUGUAGGGAUGGCCAUUGGUGUAGCACCUGUAAUUGGAAUUCCAUUGCCGUUUAUAAGCUAUGGAGGCUCAUCGCUACUUUCGUUUACAAUUUUGCUAUUCUUAUUCAUUAGAAUGGAUUCACAGCGUAUGGAGGCAUUUCGAUAA